GUUGCUGUCAAAAUAAAAACAAUGUGCGUUUUGCGAAGCAGCAGUGCCGGCACGUUUUUUCUCAUCCUCGUUCAAAGUGUUGUAAUUGUGCAGUAAGUUUGUAAAAGAAAAGAACAUUUACAAGAUGAACCGUGUGAAAAAAAAAUCGGCCGGAAGUUUGGUGCUGCUGAAGAAAAAGAAAGUCAAAAAGCAACCAGUCCCCGUCGAAUCGGACAACGAUUCGUACGACUCGAUGGUGGAUAAUGGUACCGAGGAGGAGGAUGACGAUGGGGACGUUAGCACGGCCGGCGAUGGAAACGACAGCAUGGACAGUGGGCUCGAAAGUGGUGCCCUGGUGCGUGUUGCAAAACCGCCGAAGAAGUCCGCCUCGAAAGCGAUCAAACGUAAGGUGGCCGCACACAACGACGAGGAAAUGCACCGAAAGCGCGUGAAGGAGAUGAAAGCCCUGUACAAACCGCCCACCGUGGAGGAGAUCAACCGGUUGAAGGAGACGGAAAACUAUUACCACUCCAAUUUGUUCCGCAUGCAGUCGGAGGAGAUGCUGAAGGAGGUGCGCGUUCCAACCAAGCUGGGCCGAUUCGUGCAGGUGUGGCUGGAACAGUUCAAAGGGUUUCUGCAAACGAUCGAAAGCGAAUCGAACGCUCGUUCGCUGCUUGAGCUGGACUACGAUGGGUUCGAGUUUCCGCUGCAGCUGAAAACGACCGGCUCGCAGUACAUGCAGGAAGUGCUUGGCAAGGAGCGUUUCCGGUUCCUUCAGCAAAGACACGUCCGCACGUUCGGGGGUUGCGAUACAAUGUUGCGCACAUCGUUCGGUAAACCGCUGGUCGUUGAUCUGCUCCUGAUCAUGCCGGAAAAAUGCUUGCACAAGGAGGACUAUCUAAAUCUGCGCUAUCACUACAAGCGCGCACACUAUCUCUGCACCAUCGCACAACAGCUGCUGCAGCAGUCGGCACGAGAGGAGAAGAUCGCUUCGACCGUUCGCUUUGAACCGCUGAAGGGUGAUCGUUUGAAGCCGGUGCUCGUAAUAAUACCGGCCGAUGAAACGUUCGCCAAAAAGGUUCACUUUAAGCUGCAUGCCGUCGCAGACGCAACGAGCUUCCCGAAGAAACGGUUUCUCCCGCACCGGAACAACGUACGCCCAUCAAUGAUCGGACAGGGUGUCGAACCAGAUUCGACGGAAGAGUACGAAAACUUCCCGACGCCCCACUACAACACCUCCAUCCUGUACGACGUACGGCUGGCCAAAAAUGCCGAACUGCUCGAAAGCAUCAUCCAGUCGGAGAGUAUACGGGAAGCGAUCAUUCUGCUGAAGGUGUGGAUCCGUCAGCGACACUUCGAUCGUGGACGGUACCCGUUCGACGGUGCAAUUGUCACGUUCUACAUCGCUUAUCUGCUUCAGAACAAGCGAAUUUACCCCAACAUGAGCAGCUACCAGAUUAUACGGCUGUUUUGGAACCAGCUGGCUGGUAGCAACUGGGAAAAGGAAGGAAUAACGUUCGACAACAGUAGCCGUGAAACGUUGAAAUCCUUCUUCCGCUACUACGACGUAGUGUUUAUCGAUCCGCUCGGAAUGCUCAACCUUACCGCCAACCUUCCGGUGGACCUUUACCGCCGCGUUCGGCACGAAAGUGCGCUGGCAAUUCGUUUGCUGGACAAUCCCAAGGUCAACUCCUUUCUGCCACUGUUCCUUGCAAACUAUCCCGCCUUUACGCAGUACGAUCACAUCAUCACGGUGCAAGGGUCGAAGCUGAUCGCGGCCACCGUCGAUUCCUUCGCGGAAGAUGUCGAUAAACUGGACUAUCUGGGUGACGUACAAGCACUGCUCACACGCAUGGUGGAACGAUUGCUGCGGAAAGGGCUUGGCACGCGGGCGUCCUACCUAGUGCCGUUGGACGUAAAUCAUCAUCCGAACGAGUCCGCUAUGACAGCGGACCCUCGUCUCGUGCUGGGGCUUUCCCUGAACGGUACGAACGCGUUCAAUCUGGUCGAUAAGGGCCCGGAAGCGAUCGAUACGGCAGCGAGCGAAGCGUUCCGUGCGUUUUGGCAAGGAAAAGCGGAAUUACGCCGCUUCAAGGAUGGUUCCAUCACGGAAUCGUGCGUAUGGGGCGAAGCGACCGAUCCGAUCGGACAGAAACGGUUGAUCGUGCGAUCGAUUGUACAGUUUCUGCUGCAAGCGCACCUGGACAUACCGGACAGCAAUGUGCGAUAUUUGGCCAAUCAGUUCGAGCUCGCCAUUGCGCCGUUUCCGAAGCAAAAGUUGCACCAAACGAUCGAAGAACGAUCGCUAGCCGUUAUCCGUGCGUUCGAUACGGUCGGUCGUAUGAUGCGCGAUCUGGAGAAGCUACCGCUAACGAUCCACGCUAUCCUUGGGACGGAUCCGGUCUUUCGGUACACCGAUCCGGAUCCACCACGUCCAACGGCAAGUGGCGUGCUGGUUGGUGGGCGCUUAGUGUUUCUUAGUGCGAAACCGAUUCACGCAACGAUUCAGCUGGAAGCGAGUGGAAAAUGGCCGGCGGAUCUGGAAGCGAUACGUCGUUUGAAGACGGCAUUCUACCUGCGUAUUGCCGAUAGCAUUACCAAGACAGCGGCAAACUCGUCCAACAAACCGCUGGCCCAAGCGUACAAUGAGUAUUUGGAUGUGCUUUACGAAAACUUCCUUUUCCGGUUCGUCAUCAUCCAUCAGCGCGAAAUUACCAUCCUGCGUGAAUAUCUCGCCGACAACAAGGUGACCCGUCUGCAGCAGGACACGGACGAAAGUAUUGCGCUCGAGAUGCAGGCAACGAUUCUGCCAAAGCUGACCGGCUUUUUGCACGGUUUACAUCAGCAGUACUUUUCGUUCGGGUCCGUCGCGGCCAUCGCGAAACGUUGGCUCUAUUCGCAACUGAUCGAUACGUAUCUGUGGCCGGACGAGUGUACCGAACUAUUGCUCGCUGCCAUUUACCUUAACCAACCACUACAGCCUCCCAUUCAACCGCAAACCGGAUUCCUGCGGUGGUUGCAGUUCGUUGCGUCGACCGAUUGGAGCAAGGAGAUGAUCGUGGUGAAUCUGAACGAUGAGCUAUCGAGCGAAACGAUCGAACAGGUGGAGAAGGAAUUUUACGAGCGACGCCAAAACUUCCCACCGCUCACAAUCGUUACCCCGGCGGACGAAGGAAAGUAUGGACUGUUUGGACGGAGAGCGCCGACCGUUGAGAUACUGAACCGGGUGACACUGCUAGCACAGGCGGCUACCAAGCUGAUUGAUACAAACUAUCGAACGCUGCAGAAAAUUCAGAAUUUCUUCGAACCCUCGCUGGAAGGAUACAAUCUGAUCAUUCACCUGGACAGCACGAUCGUAACACCGAUCGGCAUUCCCAAGCCGAAAGAAAUGGCAAUGCAAAGCGCGGCGAGUCUGUACGCGAAAUCUUCCAACACCGACCCGGCGGCCGGUUUCAGUCCGGUGCGCUUCUACCUGCAGGAACUUCGCGCAGCGUAUCGACAGUUUGCCAUCUUCUUCUACGAUCCGUGCGGUGGUGAUCGGAUUGCUGUGCUGUGGCGUCCGCAGGCACUGGAGGAGAAACCUUUCUCGACUUCAAACGUAAAUGGGAGAAAGGUUACGGAGCAUGGAGCGCUGCAGCUGAACGUGGACGCGCUGGUACGAGACUUUGAGCUGCUUGGUCACCGGCUGGUUAGCCGCAUCGAGAGACGAUUCUAAACCACAAUCGUUGUACAGUAGGAAACUAAUAAAAGAGACGCACCAACACAACUGCCUACUGUUA